UGUCACAUAGAUUUUUUUGAAAAAUUAAAUUUAUUCUCAAUUCAUUUAAAUUUGAAAAAUGACAAAAUCAGCCAAUGUCGAGAUUUCAGAUCAAAUAUGUCAACCGAAAAUCAGCCGAUUUCGCGUCAUUUUACCACAGGUGGUUGCGGCGACUGUUGAAAAUAUGUAUCUAGUCGGUAUGGGCUUAAUUUUUGCAUUACAAACGAUUUCAAUUGCGGCCCUGACAGGCAACGCCAACGAAUCCAACGAAAAUGAAUUUCUGUUUAUAAGCGCUGAGCAAGCAACAUGGAUUGGAAGUAUUUCUUUUCUAUGUGUUCCAAUGGGCAGUCUUAUAUCGAUAUUUCUAUUAGAUUUAUUCGGUCCGAUGCUUUUUGGAAAAUAUUUACGGGAUUUGUAUUCCUUGGAUUGGCCAUGGGUGGAAUGGAUGCACCAACCACAACUUAUCUCGGAGAAAUAUGAUUCCCGAAUCCCCACAAUUGCUGACGCUGAGUCUGCACUUCGAUGGUUGAGAGGCUGGGUGGCAAGUGAAGCUGUGGCUCAAGAGCUCCACAGUUUACAGCGACAUAUGGAACACACGAAAUCGUGUAAUGAGUGCAUCAAACAAAAAGUGAAAUGUGCUCAUUCGACGCCAACGAUGAUUGAAAAAUUGGCCGAAUUAAAACGAAAACCAACACUCAAACCGUUUUUCAUUGUGAUUACGAUGUUUUUAUUUGCCACAAUCUCAGGGUCAUUUUCGAUGAGAGCAUUUAUUGUGCAAAUAUUCAAAGCUUACAAAAUUCCCAUUCAACCCGAUGAAGCAGCGACAAUCAUGGGAUUUUUAGACAAUAUUGGAUCGCUCACAGUUAUCCUUAUCGUUCGGUUAACCGGCAAACGACGUAUUUAUUUGACCGUGGCAUUUGGAAUAGUUGUCUGUUCAAUGAUUCUUUCUUGCUUUGGAUUUGUUUACCUUCCAAGUGGCUACAAUUCAUUUGAUCAAGCACAUGAAUCAGUUCAUUUGGAAAAUUUGGCUUAUAUUCCAUUAAUUUGCCUGAUGUCAUGGAGUUUUCUGUCGUAUUGUGGUUACUAUUCGAUACCAUGGAUGUUAAUGUCGGAAAUGUUUCCAUUCAAGUCCCGUGGCAUAGCAUGCGGUUUCUUAUCCGCAUUUAAUUGUAUUUUUGGUUUUGUCACCAGAAAAACGUAUUACAACUUGGAGUUAUCGCUUUCGUUGCCGGGCGUUUCUCUUUUUUAUGCCGUCGUUACUGGUGUUGCAUUUAUUUUAAUGUACUUCAUUUUACCCGAAACAGAAAACUAUUCACUUGAAGACAUCGAACUACACUUUUCAGACAAUUCAAAGAGAAUCACGGACCAUAAAAUUGCCAAAACUAAAAAUGUUGACUUUGAAUGUAAUUAAGAUGCGAACAAAUAAACACAAAAGUGUGAUAUUUUGAAUCGUA